UUUUAAUCAGCGAAUGACGACGGUUUUUUAAUAGCUGUCGGCGUUUGUUUUGAAAGAAAAAAAACUUGUUUGAAUCACAAUGAACAAGCAGGUGGAAAAGCGUGUGCUGCUGUGAGGCACCUACCGUUGAUUUGUGAUACGAACCAAUCAGAAUGCCGUUGCCCAGGCGACAUUAACUUCUACCGUUGGUUCGGGCGCUGCAAGGUGAGCUGCAAUGACGAACAGUGAUGGUUUGGUAAAGUUUUAUAAAGUUGGCUUAGUUUGCGGCCGAGCUUUACGAAGCGUGGACUUUUCACGUCUUUCUCGCGCUGUUUUUCUGUGAAUGGAUCUAAUCAUUUUCAAUCUUGUGUAUGAAACUGAACGAUUUUAUUGUGGUUGUUUGUGAUUUUCGAUUUACGAUGAAACAUUUUUCGGGUUUUUGACGAAUAAGUUCGCAGUUAAUGAAGUGAAUGUUGUUACCUGCACUACUUAAUUGCAUAUUGAGUCCUUGUGGCACAGAUUAACGCCGAAUUUCCCGGGCGCAAUGUUCCUCUUAUCCGCCCUUUCAACUUUCCCGUCAAUCGAAGCGAACAGGUGACACGAACCAGUGCAGCAAACGAUUCUAGAAAGCAUGAAGGCGAUUUAAGAUGUGAUUGUGAUGAUGUUUUGUUUACUAUCUCAUAAUUGAACGAGCCGUUUCUCCAUUGUUUUUAAAUUCGGUGUGCGUGGAUAUUAUUGUGCGCUAAAGACAUUGCGUUUAAGUGGCGUGACUUAAAAAAAAUGUUCCAAGUCAGUUUCGCCGUCUUCGCAUUAUUUUUGUCGGACUUGUAAUAAGUGACAAAGUUUUCGCGCGGAUCGUGUCAAAAAGUGAACAAUUUUUAAAUUUCAUUUUUAUUCUGUUUGAGCCAUUGAAAAUGACAUAAAAUUCUUUCAAGCGUCGUUUAAAAGUUUUUAAAUAACUUUUUUGGCGUCGCAUGUGCUACUAAUCGUAGUAGGCAUGGUGCAGUGAUGAUUAGCCUGUGGCGCCAUCGCGCGGGCUUGCGAUGAGCGACUGGGAGCAGAUGUUUAUGCGCGCUCUAGCGCGACCUCCUCAUUGUCGUUCUCUUCAAGAUCUUCAGGUGAUUUACUACGGACUUAGCGGAUUGGAGGCGCUGCAAACACUUCGCGACUCUGCAUUGCGCGCGCUUUGUAAAAUUGUUCGAUUUGAAAAACAUCAAGCCAAUGAUGUACUGUAUUAUACUGGAGAAUUGUCCACUUGCUGGUAUAUUUUACUGUCGGGCUCGGUUUUCAUCGAUGGUUCCAUGUACCUUCCCAGGUCGAGUUUUGGCAAGAGGACCGGGGGCAGUGCUCGUAGACAAAACGAGUGCUUCGUUCUGGAACCUUCUGAGAUGAUUGUGGUAAGUGUCUAGAUUUGGAUAGGUACCAAUUCAUUGAUUUUACAGGUGAAAAAAGAUCGUCAUCUUGUGCCCUUUCACAUUGUGAAACUUUUUACAUAUUGCAUGUUUUAUGAGAAUAAAUAUGAAUGUUAUCAUUCUUAGGCGCUGUCCGUAAGAGAGAGGAGGGGGUGCGGUAAAAGUUUAUUCUAAGCCACAUGCAGAGGGUUGAUACCUGAACAACGUGAUUUUUAAUUUGAUUAAUGUCUAUUAUCUGCACACAAUAUUUGCUGUGAUAGUUUACAAGAACAUUUACUGUUUUAGUUAGUUUUGAAUAAGAAAAAAAACGAAAUUUGUAUGAAAAGAACUAUAAACAUCUUGCUGUUCUAGCGAGGGGGUUCAUGGGUAAAACCAUGGUAGGGUCC